AAAGAUGGCGGUGCGGAAGAAAGACGGCGGCCCGAAUGUAAAAUAUUUCGAAGCGUCUGACACCGUUUCUCAGUUUGAUAAUGUCCGCGUCUGGCUGGGAAAGAAUUACAAAAAGUACAUCCAGGCUGAACCCCCCACCAACAAGUCUCUGUCCAGCCUGGUGGUCCAGCUGCUCCAGUUUCAGGAGGAGGUGUUUGGACGACAUGUCAGCAACCCCCCACUUACAAAGCUGCCGAUGAAAUGUUUUCUGGACUUCAAGUCAGGAGGGGCUCUCUGCCACAUCCUGGCUGCUGCCUACAAGUUCAAGAGCGACCAAGGAUGGCGCAGGUUUGACUUCCAGAAUCCUUCGAGGAUGGACCGAAAUGUGGAGAUGUUCUUGACGAUCGAGAAGUCCUUAGUGCAGAACAACUGCCUGACGAGACCCGUCAUCUACCUGAGCUCUGACAUAGAGCCCAAACUGCUCGGCAAACUGAAAGACAUCAUCAAAAGACAUCAGGGUUCAGUUACUGAGGACAAGGCCUCCAGCUCACACAUUGUUGUACCUAUGCCCAGCAGCCUUGAGGAAGAGGAGUGGGUGCGUCCUGUAAUGAAGAGAGAUAAGCAAGUGCUGCUCCACUGGGGAUAUUUUCCUGACAGUUAUGAUACUUGGAUUCCAGCCAGUGAAGUUGAAGCUGCUGUGGAGGAUCCUCCCAGCCCAGAAAAACCCAGAAAGGUCCAUGCCAAGUGGAUUUUAGAUCUUGACCAGUAUAAUGAGUGGAUGAACGAGGAGGAUUAUGAGGUGGGUGAGGGCUGCCCAAAGAGGAAGAGGAUCUCAGCCAAGACACUGACUGAUGAGGUCACCACACCUGAUGAGCGUCGGGACAAGAAACCUGGCAGUGCAAAGAAGAGGAAGCGGUCGCCAUCACCGUCCCCUACACCCCCGCCGCAGGAGAGCAAGAAGAAGAAUACCAAAAAAGGCCCAACAACCCCAUACACCAAGUCCAAGCGGGGGCAGAGGGAGGAGGAACAGGAGGAUAUGAGUAAAGAUAUGGAUGAAGCAUCACCCAUUCCAGCUUCUGAAGAUGGAAACCCAGCAAAGACAAAUAACACAAAGAAGGACUCUGAUUCAACUCCAGUGAAGGGAGGAACAGAUAUGGAUGAGCCAGAAGACGAGUCCAUGGAAACAACAGGCAAGGAGGAGGAGGAAGGCUCACCCAGUGUAAAGGGUGAACCAGUGAAAGGUGCGGACCUUCACGAGGAUAACGUGACUGAGCAAACUCAUCACAUCAUUAUACCAAGCUAUGCUGCCUGGUUUGACUACAACAGUGUUCAUGCCAUUGAGCGCAGAGCUCUGCCAGAGUUCUUCAAUGGGAAGAAUAAAUCCAAAACCCCAGAGAUUUACCUGGCGUACAGGAACUUCAUGAUUGACACCUACCGACUGAAUCCUCAAGAGUACCUGACCUCCACUGCCUGCCGCAGGAACCUGGCAGGUGAUGUGUGUGCAAUCAUGAGAGUCCACGCUUUUCUGGAGCAGUGGGGUCUGAUCAACUACCAGGUGGACUCUGAGAGUAGACCCACACCCAUGGGUCCUCCACCCACUUCUCACUUUCAUGUCCUGGCUGACACUCCCUCCAGUCUGGUGCCUUUGCAGCCCAAGACAUCUCAGGUCCCCAUUCACAAACACACAGAGACAAACAGGCACACGCACACAUCAUCUUUGUUAUGUUUACAUUGUCCCUCUGUCACUGUGUGCCUGCAGACUCCUGCCACCCAGCAGAUGAUGUCCUUCCCUGAUAAAGUGAAGGAUAAACCAGCAGAUCUGCAAAACUUUGGGCUGCGCACUGAUAUGUACAGCAAGAAGAGUGGCUCUACAAAGAGCAAGAGUGCAGCCAGCUCUAUGAGGGAUUGGACAGAACAAGAAACACUACUACUUCUAGAGGGCCUGGAGAUGUACAAGGAUGACUGGAACAAGGUGUCAGAACAUGUGGGCAGCCGCACUCAGGACGAGUGUAUCCUGCACUUUCUGAGGCUGCCCAUAGAAGACCCUUACCUGGAGGACCACUCAUCGUCCCUGGGGCCACUGGCCUAUCAGCCAAUUCCUUUCAGCCAAGCAGGAAACCCCGUCAUGAGCACAGUGGCCUUCCUUGCCUCUGUGGUUGACCCGCGUGUGGCCUCAGCUGCAGCCAAAUCUGCUCUGGAGGAGUUCUCUCGCAUGAAGGAGGAGGUACCUGCAGCGCUUGUUGAGGCUCAUGUGCGACGAGUGGAAGAGGCAGCCAGGGUCAGUGGAAGGCAGGACCCGUUGUACGGACUGGAGGGGAGCGGGAUAGCAGGCACUGGGCUUGAGGAGGGAGAGAGGCCUGAUGAGAGCAGUGAUGAAAGCAAGAGUGACAGCCAAUCAAGUGAGGAGAAAAGGGAGGCAAAGGACAGCAAAGAUGGAGCCCCAGAGGAAGAGGAGAAGCAGGCAGAGAAUGGGAAGAAAGAAGAAGAGAGAGGAAGAGAACAAGAAGGAGAGAGAGAGGGGGACAAGGCAGAGUCAGAGAUGGGGGAUGGGGAGAAGGAGAAGGAUGGAAAAGAAGGCACAGAGGAGGGACAGAAAGAAGCAGAGAGCGAAGGAGAAAGGAAAGCAAAGGUGGAGCGUGAUGUGGGAGAGGGCAACCUGGCCACUGCUGCAGCAUCCGCACUCGCUGCUGCUGCUGUAAAAGCAAAGCAUUUGGCUGCUGUGGAAGAGAGGAAGAUCAAAUCUCUUGUUGCUCUGCUGGUGGAGACCCAGAUGAAAAAGCUGGAGAUUAAACUGCGACACUUUGAAGAACUGGAAACCAUAAUGGACAGAGAGAGGGAGGCUUUGGAGUACCAGCGUCAGCAGCUGCUGGCUGACCGUCAGUCCUUCCACAUGGAGCAGCUCAAAUACGCUGAGAUGAGAGCCCGCCAGCAGCACUUCCAGCAGAUCCAGCACCAGCAGCACAGCCAAUCUGGGGGUUCUCAUUCCAAUCAGGCUGCCUCGGGCCAGCCACCCCAAGGUCAAAGUCAGCAAGCUCCAAGCACACCAGCGCCACAGUCGGCCCCCAGUCCCGCUCCUCCAGCCUCAUCUGGCCCACCCCCUGAGCCCCAGUCGACUCAGGGUGCUCACACCUCGCCCCCUUGCCCCCCAAGUCAGGCCCCAGGUGCCCACUCUAGCUCCAGCUCUACCCCUGGACUCCACGAGUCCAGCGCCCCUCACCAUGGAGAUUCACUCCACCCCUCCACUCCUGUCCCGCCUCCACAGUGAGAGAGAGAAACCGCCUGAGGAUCUGAUCAAUGACUCUGACCACUUUGAAUCCUGCCUGUAUCAUCUGAAAUGAAGAAGUCAUAAAUUGAAGGAAAAGAACACAUUUUACAUGAUCAGCUUUUAUUUUCUAUGUUUAUUUUUCUUCUGCAAGACAAUUUGUUGUGAGAAAGACAAAAAAUACAGUCCAAGUGAAACCACCUCUACUUUGAAUAACUGAUGAAAAUGAAGAAGUCCUCAAAUUUGAUUCUACACGUGAAGAAGUCUAAAAAGAACCAUUCAUCCUGCUUGGUCUAUUGGACGGCAACAUCUCACACCCUGAUUUUAAGCUCUACAUCGGGUAUCAGAUGGGCUAUAAGGGUCUGAACAGCCUGCUGGCACUGACGAAGAAAAGACUCAUCUCUUGUUUUCAGUGUUAUGAAAAUUGUUGCAUUUGUUUUCUGCAAUGGUUUGUCACCGCUUGUGAAGUUUUAUUCUUCAUAGUUUCUCUCCCCUUUGUACUGAAGGUACUGAUGAAAAGUUAUGUCAGAAAAAAUGCACUUUGAACCUUGGUCUUUUUGAAAGACUUGACAUCCAUGAAAUUGAACUACAGCACUUAUAUUGCCUUUUUCUUGUCUUAAAUGCUUUUUUGCAUUCUGGAGGAUUUGAAAACUUGAUUGGGAGUAUUAAUUUUUCCUCUUGAUUUUAUUACAUGGAUGAACAUUCUCUGUACAGGGUCAGGCCUGAAGGUCUUGUGUCUAAAACCAACUUUUCUCUCUAGAAUAAAGGCAGUAUGUCUAACCAAUGAAAAAAGUAGCCAGUUAGAAAUUAUGUAAAGCUGGUUGAAAAAAUGUACUGUAAACUGGAAGUUCUGUUACAAAAUCCUUUAGUUAUUCUGUAAUAAUAUUUAAAGUAGUGACAGCAUGAGACCAUCAUCCUGGAAAGACUUCUAUUUAACAAUAAUAAUAUUGUCCCCCAUUUCAGCAGCACUUAAAGAAUAACAUGAGAAAACUCAUGUUUGACAAAUCUGGAUGAAUUCAAAGCAUCCAUGUCAGAUAUUUGUGAGGAAUGUAAUUUUGUUCAAAAAGAGCAAAUUAAAAAAGAGGUCUGAAAGGAGAAAAUAUACCAGCGACCACACUUAGCUUGUUUUUUUAUUCGUGAACUGACAUUAUGUUUCUUGCUAAACCAAAAUGUUUUUAUAAUUAUGUUUAUCACAUUUAUUCAGUGAGUUUUAUUACGGUUGCUCAGUAAAUGAAGAGGAUUUUUUUUUUUAAAGCAGCUUGUUUUUUCGUCGGUGCAUUUCAAGUUACACGUGGAGGAAAUGUCAAAGCUGUCCAAAAACAAGGGAGCUCGCACCUUAAAAACUGACAACAGAUGAGUUGUGUCUUUAAUAUCGGCAACAGUAUCCUCACUUUAUAUCCUAUUGAUCAUUUUGUAUUUUUUACUGUUUUUCCAUCCUCUUUAUUUGAUAUGUCAACAUUGUACCUGUAUAUUCUUACCUUUGUAGCCUAUAUUUACCCUCUCCACUGUUGUGUAUGAUGUGGGCAGCUCUGCUGGAUCUGCCUGAGAUGUGACUGUGAGCAUGUGUGUAUGUGGACGCAUGCCAUUAAGAUCUGUUAACAUUACCAUUCAGUUUUUUUUUCAGUGCCGUUUACUGUUUGUUGCAAAAUUUGAAUAAUAAUAAUAUAAAAAACAUGCUUUGUUCUGCAUAAGGCACGUCAUGUCAGUGUCAUGAAAUAUAACCCAGUCAGAUGGUGAAACUUUACAGUUAAUGUCCGUCAUGCCAGUUUUGCAGACCUCACCAUGGUUGUGAGAGUCAAUGGACUUCUUUAAUCUGUGUUAUUACUACAUUGUGUGGAUUUUGUGAUAUGAAAUAAGUGUCUGUUCAGUUUCUGUAUGUUUUUCACUAUGCUGGAGGUAGCAGCAGUUGCAUUGAUUAUUAUACAAUAGAAAUCAAUUUUUCCUCAGUAAAAAUCAUCACAUUAGUGCUGACAGAUACUCUGGCAGUUUGUAUUAAACAUGGCGAGGCAAAUGAGGUUCAGGUUUUAAUUACAACAUGUUGGGGGGAAAAAAUAAAGAUUUGAAGAGGA